CCCUCAGGUAAACAGAUGCUGAACUUUCUUCUUCUUUUGGGCGUGAUUAAAGACCAUAAACCGGGUCAAACAGGGUGAUAAAAGUUGAUAUUUAUACAGAGGAUGUGCUGUCGGGAUGUUACCAGGGUUCAGGGAGGAGAGCUGGGAUCAGAUGGAGCAGAUUAAGGCGGUAAACUUUCACCUCUUUUAUGUCCACAUCACACGAACAACAAAGUUCCUGUUCUGUUAGCUGUUAGCUUCAGUUAGCAUCGUUCCGUUAGCUCUCGGGGGUUUAGCCCGGGUUAUUCUGUUUGCCCGGGUCAGCGUGGGUUCAGUAAGGACGGUACCGGGACAUGUGGGCUUUAGUUUUUGUACUUUUUCGUUUUUAUCUGGAGCCUCGUGAAUAACGGGACCGUUAGCUCUGCGCCGCUAGCAUACAGGCGGCUAACAGACAGUGGGUACAGUAAGAAGCUAACGGGGCUGCUCACCGAGUCAUCGCUCGAUUCAAUACCGGGGACAGUGAUCGAUGUCCGGCUGUGUGAGCCGGCUCUGCUCGGUGUGAACUCACGGAGGAUCCAACAGGUGGACCUUCAUACGUCUUCAGCCAUCAUGUUGUUUCCAUGACGACGUGGCUGGAGUCAACCGUGUCACGGUCCUCUGAUUGGUCACCUGUCACCUGUCAGUCAGCAUGCAGCUGACCUAUCAGAAGCUCCCGGCCCAGCUGAGGCGGAGCUCCAAACUCAGGAAGCUGACGGCUGUGCUGCUCGCUGCCUACGCCGUCAAAAAGCUGAGCCCGUACGUCUGGAGGCGGAUCCAGAGGGCUGCAGCAGGUAAACCCCUGGGUGGAGCUAACCUCCCUGUGGGAGGGGCCAGCUCGUCAUCCAGCUCUGUGGAGAAAAAUGGAGGAAACAAGAAGAAGAGAUCUAGCAGGUCUCCAGCUGUGAACAGAGACUUUGUCCUCAGGCUGUCUCGUCUGUUGAAGCUCUUGUUUCCACGGUUACUGUGUCCAGAGAUCGGCCUGCUGGUCCUCCACUCCCUCACCCUGAUGUCCAGAACCUUCCUGUCCAUCUACGUGGCUGCUCUGGACGGUGUGAUUGUGAGGUGCAUUGUGCAGAAGGACCCUCAGGCGUUUGUCCUUCAGCUCUCAAAGUGGCUCCUCGUCGCUGUCCCUGCCACCUUUAUCAACAGUGCCAUCAGGUUCCUGGAAGGUCAGCUGACCCUCAGCUUCAGGAGCCGAUUGGUCAAUCACGCCUACCAGCUGUACUUCACCAACCAGACGUAUUAUCGUGUCAGCAACAUGGACGGCCGUCUGUCCAAUCCUGACCAGUCUCUCACCGAGGACAUCGUCAUGUUUUCAGCCUCCAUCGCUCACCUGUACUCCAACCUGACCAAGCCCAUCCUGGAUGUGGUGGUCACCUGCUACACCCUGCUGCGCACCGCCCAGUCCAAAGGUGCUAACACCACGUGGCCUUCCGUUAUUGCUGGCCUGGUGGUGGCGCUCACAGCUAAAGUCCUACGGUCCUUCUCGCCUCGCUUUGGGAAACUGGUAGCUGAGGAGGCGCGCAGGAAAGGAGACCUGAGAUACAUGCACUCACGCAUCAUCGCCAAUUCUGAGGAGAUCGCUUUCUACGGAGGCCACAAGGUAGAGAUGGCCCAGCUGCAGAGGAGCUACCGGUCUCUGUCGUCGCAGAUCCAUCAGAUCCUCCUGAAGCGUCUAUGGUAUGUCAUGCUGGAGCAGUUCAUGAUGAAGUACGUGUGGAGCGCGUCUGGUCUCAUCAUGGUCGCUGUACCCAUCAUCACCGCCACGGGAUACUCCAAACACGACUCUGAGGAGGUGAAGCAGGCGGCGAUGGUGAUGAAGGAGGAGGAGCUUGUGAGUGAGAGGACGCAGGCCUUUACCACAGCUAGGAACCUCCUCAAUGCUGCCGCCGAUGCCGUGGAGAGGAUCAUGAGCUCCUACAAGGAGGUGACAGAGCUGGCAGGUUACACCUCCCGUGUGUCAGAGAUGCUAGACGUGUUUGAAGAUGUGAAGGACGGGAUCUACCGCCGCUCUGCAGACGCAGAGGAGGAGCCAACGGUAGGAGGAGGAGGAGUUGUUCAGCACGGUCAGAGGGUCUGUGGGCCCCUGCAAAUCAGAGGUCAGGUGAUCAGUGUGGAGAAGGGGAUUCGCUGUGAUAAUCUACCAAUCAUCACACCGACCGGAGACGUGGUGGUUUCCUGUCUAAAUAUCCAGGUGGAUGAGGGGAUGAACGUCCUGAUCACUGGUCCCAAUGGAUGUGGUAAAAGUUCCCUGUUCAGGAUCCUCAGUGGACUGUGGCCCGUUUAUGGAGGAGUACUGUACAGACCAGAACCACAGCACAUGUUCUAUAUACCACAAAGGCCUUACAUGUCAGAGGGAACUCUGAGAGAUCAGGUGAUCUAUCCUGACUCUGUGGAGGACAUGGUGCAGAGAGGAAUCACUGAUUCUGACCUGGAGGAGAUCUUGGGGACGGUCCACCUGCUCUACAUCCUGGACAGAGAGGGAGGCUGGGAGGCGGUCAGUGAUUGGAGGGAUGUUCUGUCUGGAGGAGAGAAACAGAGGAUGGGGAUGGCUCGCAUGUUCUACCAUCGUCCUCGCUAUGCUCUCCUGGAUGAGUGUACUAGUGCUGUGAGCAUCGACGUGGAGGGAAACAUCUUCCAGGCUGCAAAGGAUGCUGGGAUAGCCUUGCUGUCAAUCACACACAGACCCUCCCUAUGGAAGUACCACUCUCACCUGCUGCAGUUUGACGGAGAAGGAGGAUGGAGGUUCGAGCCUCUGGAUGCCUCCACUCGCCUCUCUCUGCAGGAGGAGAAGCAGCGUUUGGAGGAUCAGCUGUCGGGGAUUCCCAAGAUGCAACAGCGGCUGAGCGAGCUGUGUGUGCUGCUGGGGGAGAGAGAGGGGGAGGAGGGGGUGUGACGCACACAUUUACACACAGUAUGAACAUCAGGUCAUUCUACCUUUAGAAAAACUUCAACACAACGUGGAGUCAGUGCUGGCAUCAGCUGAUAACUCUGUUGCCAUGGUGAUCUGCCAAUCAGACGCUGACGAGCGAUGCCACACGUGACUCACCCUGCUAUAGAAAUCUACACGUAGAUGCUGCAUGGGCUGCUAUUGUUUGCUGGAGAGAUGCGUCACGCAGGCGCCAUGUUUCAGAGGUGCAGACUCGUCUGAUGAUAAUGAUAAUAACUUUAUUUGUAUAGCACUUUUAAAAACAGGGGUUUACAAAUGUGCAAACAUUAGAAGAAAGCAUAAAAACAAAACAGCAAGAACCAAAGCCCCCAGAAAACCAGUAAACCCAAGCUAAGAUAAAUGUAAGUCUAUGAUGGCGGGAGGUCUGUCCACGAUUUAAAUAACUGCAACUCUGAAAAACGAACCGAUUUCAGAGUUUGUUCUGUCACUAACAUCAGAUAUGACUUUAUGAUCCAGGAUACCUGAACUACUGAAAAAUACAGGUGAAAAGGUGGUAACAAAAUGCUUUAUCUAACAUCCAACAAGAUCCAGGCAUUCAAGGAUUCCCUGGAUGCGCCACUGAGGGUUUGCACAUCCAGGGUCUUAAAAAGUGUUUAAAGUAAGGGUGAAAAGGUUCAUGUAUUCGUACCAUACCGAUUCACUAUGGGCCUCUCGGGACGGAACAGACGUGUACCGAACGAAUACAUGUGGAGCGAAGCUCACAUAGAAAGACAGAAAACCAGAGAUCAACUCGCUGUCACACUGUCCUGGCAACCACACAACCACAGCGACGACCGCAACAGCCUGAAUGUUCCCAGAUAACAAUGUCCUGUUUAGGAACUCUUUGUUUCCCAGUAAAAUACAACAGUGGACAAAGACAACAACAGUAGCGCUGACAUUGUUCAGCAGCUGUGUCGCUGACAGCACGUCGUCCAGCGGGCCAAUCAGAGCGUUUGAAAAGGCUCCCCUUAAAUAAGAACGUCACUGUAACGAGGAGGAACAACAAAGUCUUACCAGCCAGUUAUGAACUUCCUAUUUAAGAUCGUUUUUAUUUUAACACUGGUGCUCUGGCUCUGUGAAUCAAAUUAGUUUUACCUUCAACUGUCAGCCCUAGAGGGCGAGGAGAGGAGACUCCAUCAUGUCUGCAGCUGCGUCAUAGGUAAAGUUAUCCUCAGAUUUCACACGGCUCUAACCUCUUUAUCCACCAAGAUGGGCUGUGAAAAGUUCUCCCAGACUUUGUAGUGGGUCCCAUUAGUUAAAAAAGUAAUCCAGUGCUGAAGUCCAUGUUGAAAUCAGAAGGAUUGAUGCUAAUUAGCAUACUUAACAAGCUAACACAGUUGGAUGAUGAUGUGUUCAAGUUAGCUGGGAAAUUUUAGAGUUUAAAGAAUGGGUAUAAAUAUGUCAAUAUAUCAAUUAAAAUAGCCUAGUAAUUCAACAAUGUAUUUAUUUAUUAACAUUUUUAAUCAUUGAAAUAGAACCUUUGGAAGGAGGUUUCUGCAUUAUUAAUAGUUUAAAUGUAAUUUAUUCAGCCUAUUUAUUUUAAUACAAUGUAAUAAAAUAAAUAUUUAAAUAUUUAUCUGCUUCAAUUACUGUACUGAAGACGUGCCGAACCGUGACCUCAAAACCGAGUUAUGUACCAAACCAAAAUGUUUCUGUACCUUUACACCCCUACUUUAAAGUUUAUAGAUCAGUUUAGCAAAAACAAAUGCUUCUAAAAAAAGCAUUAAAACCUCUUGAAUGCAAGACCAUAAGGUGUUAAAUUUUUAACUCAUUUUUAUUUGUUAAGAUUCAUCUAAAGAGGCUGUGGGCUUUGGCUUUUACAUUUCGUUUUAAUAACAAGUCAGAUUCUGAUGAAACACCACCUGAUCUGACAUCAGUCUGAACACAUGUUCAUGUUCUGACCUGUUCGCCUCGUUUAAGCUCUUCUGUGACUCUAGCUAGCAGUUUAACUAUGAUGUGUGCACACAGGUGAGAGGCACAUGCAAGCUUGUAGAGAAGUGUUUGAUGGAGAUGGUUCUGAAGCUGAGACUUUUAGCAGUACUUGUUAACAUUUUAUGGGAUUUUGCGGACAAAAAGCAGCUUUGCAAUGAAGCUUUUGCUCUGUGUGAUACUAGCAUAGAGCCUGUUAAUGUUAGCACAGUUAGCAUCUCAAAGAAAGCUUUGUUAACUGUAUCACCAAUGUAAUUAGGGCCCGAGCACCGACCUCAGAGCGAGAGCCCUAUUGUAUCUAAAGGAAUUCAUUUCAUUCAUUAGGGCAUCCAAAUCUAUUAUUUAUAAUAAAAAUAUAUAAUUAUUAUUAUAUUGUGUCAAUCAGGACACAAAAAUGACACAACUGUACUUUUAAACAUCCAAUUCGCUUCAGUAUUAAAAUGUAGGAUCAGGGUCUGCCUCUACAGAUUUCAAUGUUCAUUUCAUGAUUUUGCUUUAGCGCCACCUACUGUAACAGGCCAGUAGCACACUGAAAAUUCAAUGUCCAAUAUUUUUAAAAUUGUACAUGAUAAAAUGUCCUGCCCUGAUCCCAUCCGCUUAUCAGCUUCCUUUGUCACACUGCCACCUACUGUUGGGGAGGAGUAUGACCUUAUACACAAAGUGCACCGUGCUGAUCUUUUUUUAAUGAAGGGAUACACAAAGGAGGAUUUACGUAGUCUUUCUGCCAUGCUGCAGCACACUGCACAGAUUUGCUAACACCUGACUUUUUCCACACACAUGGUUAGUUGGGCCCCGAUGUGCGCCAGGGGCCAAGGGCCCUUCAGAGCUGCUUGCGGCCCUAGGUGGGUCAUGAAAUACAUUCAGAGGGUCUUAAGAAGUACUAAGUUUGAUGUCAGAUUUUCCGUAUAUAUUCUGGGUAUGCCAUCAGGAGGCCAGAACUGUACAGGACCAAGGCUGAUGCUGUGAAUUGCUGACAGUGUAUGCUCCCAUACCUGACCUAGAGGUAGCAGGGAUUCUGGAUAGAACACACAUUUGUAUUUUAAAGGCCAAAUUCAGCUCAUGGCUGAGGUUAUUAAUUAUGUACACAGGCAGUUUGCAUUUACAUUAGAAAAUAAAAAUCUGUUUUUUGAGUAAAUUAGAUAAUAAGAGUCAGAGUUACAAAAGAAUAAAGAAUAAGAAAAAUAUUUGCCCCGAGCGUCUAAUUUAAAAUUGUGGAUCGACCUUCGCCAUCAUAAACUUAAAUUCAUCAUCAGACCCCACCACCCCUCUUCAACAUGGCACCCUGUCAAUCUGAGAAGCCUGAAUGCUGCAUUUACAUGCAGAUAUCUAUGUCAGUCUGCACAGUGAUGUCAUCAGUGAUGUCAUACUUCCUUAUAUAGAAAUAUAAACUGUAUGGAUCUUAGAUUUUAUUGAUAAAAUUAUAAAUCAUUUCAAUAUUUAGUUUUAUUUUGAAAGUGUCCGUCCUCAUGUUUUAGUAUUUUAACUUUAACAAACUGAGUUUUAAUUUGUAGGAGAACUAACUCCGACCCUGCUUCCUUUAGAUUCUAACAUCUGUGCUGGGUAGGACGCUUGCCCAAAUUAACGAUACGCUGUCAGUGACGACCUGCAGAGGGCGCUCACUUUCCUUUCUCUUAUGCAAAAAACAUUUGUAUUCCAGCUUCCAUCAGCAGGUGGCAGCAGUGUUCACAAAGUGCCUUCUCAGCUUAAAAGAAAAGAACAUGUCCUUCCUAUGCAACACUAGAUAAUCACAGAAGUUUGAUCCAAGCGUUACGCUGUGCCAGUUCCUUUUUGCUGUGAUGUUUAAUGCCAACCUUAGAGACAUUAGUGAAAAAGGCGGAAAUGAGAGGAAAGUUGAACAAGAGGAGAGCGAGGGCUUUCUUCCCCAGAGGAGGCGAUGGAUGCCUUCGGUCUUAUCUCCUACGUUUGACUUCGCCUUGACGGACUUCUAGGCUCAAAUUUACUCUGCCACUGUAGCUUCAGGUAAUUGCCACUGCCAUGCCGCCGUAAUGCUCUGAACCUAGCUUAAAGAAUGGCGGAUGGGUAGUGUUAUGACUGUUUGUAGGUGUUUAACAGGGAGUUAGAGGUGGAGGCUGAGAGUAAGAGCCUUAGAGCUUAAGCACUAGCCGAGUGUUCCCUCCCAUCAGGAGUGUUGAUAGGAUGAUCUUAGAUCAUGAAGACAUAAAUCCAGGCUCACUCCCCUCUCUACUUCUGCUUCCUGACUGAGAGCUGAGAUGAAAGCAGAACCUAAGAUGUAGUUCAUAGAAAACUCUUAACUGACCUACAUGGAGCAGCUUUGUGGUUUUCUGAACAGCCUGGGUGUGAAAGAAGAAGUAUAUCUGCAGCAUCUUUACAAAGUUUGCAGACAUCCUGAAGGGUGAGAGUCAAACUGAGGUACUGAUGUAAUACCUUUAUUUUAACUGAUAUUAUUCAGUGUUUUACCAGGUCAUUAAGACGCCUCUCCAGCUCUCCAUUCAAGGCUCAGGCUACCUGUCAUAAUAACAGAAUAAUGAGGAAACUUUUAACACCAGAGCCUCUUUAAAAAACAUGUUUUAAAAGCAUUGUCGUUGAUUUCCAUGCAUGCAGCUCAGAGUGAUCUCAGUCUGCAGCAGACGUGAGUGUGACGCUAAUGUCCCCUUUGAGUCCAUUAAACAUUUCCCUGACGGCUUCAUGAAUAAAAAUCCAGAUAACACUGAAAAUAAAGUUAAAUCAGUAUUUUACUGCAUGACCAUGCAUUACUGGAGAUAAUCCCAGUUUGGAUUAGAUUUAAAUUAGCUCGUUUUCUCAUUCUUUUCAGUCAGUAUUCAAAGUUAAAGUAACUCCAUCAUAAAAUUACACAUGGAUGAACAGGGUGUUUGCAUAAAGCUUCAGCUGUUGGACUUCUGCUGUAAAAUAAAUAUCACUGUGAAAAUGUGCCUGAUUAAAAUUAAAAUAGAUUAAAAACAAGUGAAUUGUAAUUUAAAGUGGUGCAGAUAACGCACAAAGUUGUUCAAUAAAACAGCAGAAUGCAGGGAGCUAAAAAUGUUUGGCGCUUAAAUAUUCUGGGUUGAAAACCCUCAGAGCCCCCUUGGCUUGAUGGUGCCAACUAUGAAAUAACAGAUAUUUAGAUAUUUCAUCCACUAACAGGUUGGUGCAGAGGAAAACGAAAAAAUAGACUGACUUGUAAAGACAAUAUUUUUGCAUUUUAAAAUAAUCAGAAAGAGUUUGACUUUUUAUCUCAGAUUUUGAGUUUUGAACUUAUCAUGUUGACCUUUUAAUCUCAGAAUCAUUUAGGUUGACAGUCAAUGGUUAAAUAUUGACCCUGUUAGACCCAAAUUCAGAAUCCGGCCCCUGCUGUGACUGAGUUUGACACCCCUGUUUCAGAGAAUCUAAAGUUUGAUUCCUGCUUUAGUGCUUUUGAGCCUCUUUAAACUGGGGGACGUCUGGUUGUGUGGUUUUGUUCCUCUUGUGUCAGUCAGUCAGUAAAGUUCAGGAGGAGCGUCCAGCCUCACUGAUGAAUAACGUUUAAACUAUGAGACCGUUGAAGCUACUGUGUUGCACCUGUUAGAGCGAGUCUCUGAGGUAUUCAGGCAAACAUUCAGAAACUGUGCUAAAGGUGCCAUCAGACAUUUGUAGCACUGAUAGCAUCUCAUAGGAACGGCCUGUUUAGCUCUAUUUUCAUCCAGAAAGUGGAAAUAAGUUGUCUGUCAGGUGGACGUGGAUCGUAGCACUGAGGUCUGUCCACACCAAGCAGGAAUGAUUACCUCAUGGUGUCUGAAUACCCAGCACAGAUGUUAAUGUGAGGUGUAAACAGGUUGUUCGGUACUUCACUUCCUGUUCAGAAGCUCAGCAAACAUCACAGACAAACACUCAGACAGUCAGCUGUUCGGGAUGGAUCCAGCCAAUCAGGCGGAGACUUUCAGAGGUCACGACACGAUUGAAAAAUCUUUGUAGUUUUUACAGUCGAAUGUUUUUACUGAAGCUGCUUUACUGGAAGAAUUUAAAUUAAAAUAUAAAUGUUUUAUCAUCAAUCAGAGUUUAAUCAGCUGAUUAAUAAUCAAAAUAGCAAUAUUUUACUGAAAAUGUUUAAUAUGUAUGAUCAUGGCACAAGAUGAUUUUUGUGUUUACAAAAUAAAAGAUAAAAAAUACACCUGUUGUGUGUUGCUUUUCAAAAUAAAGUGACAGAAAAGAAGCAUGAGAUGUUUCAGAAUAAGAGUUCAAGUGUUUCAGUUUGUUAUAGCUCAUGUGAUUAAAAAUCUUUUUUUAUUAA